UACAUUUUUAGAAAAUACGCGGAAUUUUAUAUGCCGCUCUGUCAUUACUAUAAUGUAUGUAGGUGUGUCUCGCGUGUAUACAACUUGCGUUUAAAUCAAUUGAAGUUUGAAGGGAUUAAAAUACUAGGAAGGCAUGCGACAAUGAGUACAGUAAAGGAAAAGCAGUUCUUAAAACUGUUGAUAUUUUCAGAACAAAUUUCUUGGAAGGUUGUCCGGUCAUUUAUAAAAUCAAACAUACUCAUCAACUUCGAUAACUCAUUUGUAAAGUUUCUCGAUUUCCACAAGCAUUCUAUUUACCAUCUUUGGAGAAAUUCUGUAGCAUGUUGUGAAUGUGAGCACUCUGCAUUUGUGCGAAAGACUGACAGAUGUUUAAAAGAAGAAGAAAUAAAGGAACUUUUCAAAGUAGGACAAAAUAUGACACCAGAACAUUUCAUUGUCAUUGGAAAUACUGUAAAACAAAAUUGCAUUUGCGACGUUAGAAUUAACGACCGAUGUUCAUUGGAUAAACUUGACAUCAUGCUAGCAUAUACACUGAUAAAAAACUGUGGAAGCUUACGUCCUGCUGAGGACACGUGGUUGAGAACAGUCAAUGAUAUAGUAUACAGACUGAACCACGAAGAAAGCUUAUCAUCUGUUGACCAAGAAACCCUAGAUAGGUGGUGGACAAUGAUAGAAGGAUCCGUUCUAGGUUUAGCUAGUAAAGUUCAACCUACUUGCUUUGAAGAAUCAGUCAAUACGAGUAUUGAUUUAUUGAAGAUAUCUAAUUUUGACGUCAAGUGUGUAAAAGAUAUGGUCGACAAGAUAAAAGAUGAAAAGUGUCUUAGUAUAAGGAAACAGCUCGGCAGGAUAGGUACUGACAUAUUCACAAACAAUAGUCCACAUCAGGUUGGUGCUGUGAAAGAAGAAAUGAACGAAGACUUGCAGCAAGAUAAAGACAUAAAAACUGAAAGACAAUCGAUCAAAACAGAAUGCACUUCAUCGUUAACUGAUGAUAACUGUUUAAACGAAUGUCCAUUGUGUCAUAACACUGUUUGCUGCAACAUGUGUGAAGAGAAUCUCGAAAAGAUUAAAAACAUGGAAAAUCAGCAUGAAAAUAAUUGUGAACUAAUACAAGCUCUCAAAAGACAGGAAGAAAAAAGUCGUCAGAAGAUUGCAGAAUUGGAACAGAAAUGUGAAGCAAAUAAUGAAAAACUGAAAACCCUAGAAAAACAGAGUGGUGUAGGAAGAAAACAGGAAGAGAAAAGUCGUCAAAAGAUCAAAGAUUUGGAAAAUAAAUGUGAAGCAAAUAAUAACAAAAUUGUGACACUAGAAAAACAGAGCGAUAUGGAAAAAGAAAAGAUUCGAACCAUGGCAAACUACAGAAAUCAAAAGAGAAGUGUCAUCAGAAAAUGUUUUGACCGAUUUGAAGAAGCAAGAAGAGAAUAUGACACAAUGGAGGAGCAAGAAGAACAUGCAUACGAAGAAAGACAAAAGAAGAAGCCAAGAUUUGAGGAGGAAGAGGAUGACGAUAUAAUUAGAGGUCAUGAAGUUCAGGAAAUACAAGAUGCAAAGAAGGUUGAUGACAAUGCAGUAUGUGAUGUUUGCAAAGAUAUUGUAGAAGAAGAAAAUAACGAAAUGAUAUUUUGCGAUGGUUGCAAUUUAUGUGUACAUCAGGCAUGUUAUGGGGUUCAAGUUAUACCUGAGGGAAACUGGUAUUGCAAAACAUGUGUUGCAGCUGUCAAACCUAAGUGUGCGUUGUGUCCAUAUGAUGGCGGCGCAAUGAAAAGGACAAGCGAUGGUACACAGUGGGCUCAUGUUACAUGUGCAUGGUGGAUACCAGGAGUGACAAUAGGAAACCCAAAGGAAAUGGAACCGAUUGUAGGCAUAGACAAACUUCCGGAAGAGAGAUUGUCUCUUAUAUGUUCAUUGUGUAAAAUAAAAGAUGGGGCUUGUAUUCAGUGUUCUUUCAAGAAUUGUUCUAAGCCAUUUCAUGUAACAUGUGCAUAUUUAAAUGGUUUAAGAAUGGAUUAUCCUGCAGAAGAUGACACAGAUAUAAAAUUUGAGGCUUACUGUAAAACGCAUAGCAAUCAAGUAAAAACUCCGAAGAAAAAGCGACGAAGAGAAUAUAAUGCUCAAAACAGACCAAACAGAAAAGAGACAAUGAGGCAAACAAUUACCUCAACGAGAGAAAAUCCAGAUUCCUUGACAGGCAUAAGUGAAGUAUUAAUUGAGGAACAGCCUAUAGCCUCAGUCCCAAAUUUAGAAGGAGCGAAUAAUGGUAUAAGCUGGAAAACUAUUCAUGGAACGAAAAAACUGAAAUUAUCAUAUUAAUUAUCUACUUGUUGUAAAUAACAUUAUCUUGAACACUUCAUUCCAAAAUCAAAUACAGCACUCAGAAUUAUAUUAAAUAUUCCUUUUUUACUUGAAUAAUAAAAAUACA